AUGAAGCUGAACAUGUUAAGACUGUCACUCAGAUAUAUGUCCCACAACGUCAAUGCCAAUGCUAUUAAUCCAAUUGCAAAAGCCAUUGACAUCGCUCUUUUAUCUUCGCCUUCUCUAAACUGGACAAAGAACCAGAUCAAGGAAAUCUAUGACACACCGUUAAUGGAGUUGGUCUUCCAAGCCCAAAUCCAACAUCGUAAAUACCAUAAUCCUCAAGAGGUGCAGUUGUGCACGUUGCUCUCAAUUAAAACCGGUGGGUGUGCAGAAGACUGUAAAUAUUGUGCUCAGUCUUCCAGGUAUGAUACAGGCACCAAGGCUGAGAAAUUGAUCUCUAUUGACGAAGUCAUGAAGGCAGCAACUACCGCUAAGGAAAAGGGCUCAACAAGAUUUUGUAUGGGUGCUGCUUGGAGAGACAUGAAUGGGCGCAAAUCGGGCCUCAGAAAGAUUUCAGAAAUGGUCACAAGAAUCAACACUGAAUUGGGAUUGGAGACUUGCGUAACACUUGGUAUGGUUGAUUCAAAGCAAGCAGAAGACUUGGCCAAGGCUGGCUUGACUGCUUACAAUCACAACAUUGAUACUUCCAGAGAACAUUACCCAAACGUCAUUUCAACGAGAUCUUUUGACGAUAGAUUGGAAACGAUCAAAAACGUCCAAAACGCAGGCAUAAAAGCGUGCACUGGUGGUAUUCUUGGAUUAGGUGAAACUCCUGAUGAUCAUAUCGGGUUCCUCUACACUUUGGCCACCUUAGAAAAUGGCCAUCCGGAGUCCUUACCAAUAAACAGAUUGGUUCCAAUUAAAGGUACUCCUAUGGAAAAGGAAAUCUCUGACUUACCACAGAAUUCUGAAAAGAAAUUGAAGUUCGAAAAUAUCUUGAAGACCAUCGCAACCGCAAGAUUGAUUAUGCCUGAAUCGAUCAUCAGGUUGGCCGCAGGACGCUACACCAUGAAGGAACAUGAACAAUUUUUGUGCUUCAUGGCUGGAUGCAAUGCUAUUUUCACAGGUGAAAAGAUGUUAACAACCAUGUGCAACGGUUGGGACGAAGAUAUAGCAAUGUUGGAAAAAUGGGGAAUGAAACCAAUGAAGAGUGCUCCGGGACCAGCUAAAUCAUCCACCAGGAAGCCAGUGGCUACAUUCCAGGCACCAGCUCAGACUCCAGCUGCUGCUGCUUCUUAA